AUGGCUAGCUCAAGUAAAAGUAAAACAUUUCCCUCCGCUGCUAAACUCACACAUCCUCUCACCAUUGAUGGUAAGGAGAAUUUUAGGACUGCUCCUCCCAAGAACUGUCCUAAGUUUUGCGCCUGGAUUGAUCAAUUAGAAAUAGAGAAAACCGACCAUUGGAAAAGGACAUGCAUCUAUACCCUUCUACAGAUUGCCCGUUGUGGCCCUCCCCAAUCUUGUGGCAUGUUACUGGCUGCCCUCCAAUUUUGGGAUAGUUCGACCAAUUCUUUCUAUACCAAGUGUGGCAUGAUUACGCCGGGACUCUUGGAUAUUGUUGUCAUCACUAGCUUGAACCUGACUGGCGAAGUCUUCGACUGUGAAGCCGUAGCACCAAUCUCUCUGCGUUUUGACGUUGAUGACUCUUGCAAGCCGACGUAUAACAAUUUCAUUGAUAACCAUGCCACCUCUUCAGGCCCUAUGACCGACGAACAACAUGUGGCUUUCCUGACUCUUUGGCUGUCUCACUUUGUUUUCUGCUCCAGAUCUAUGCAGAUAGCCAAACAUUUUGCUCUCCUGGAAGCCCUGGGAGAACGUCAGAGUCGUGUAUUUGAUAUUGCUCUUGCAACAGAAGCUUCUAACGCUCUUGCUGGAGUUUUUGCUCCAAGUAAAGCAUCUAGAAAUCAGUUUCAAAUGUCACCUGAAACCUAUGAUACUAGUGCAACCACGCCAAAUGAUCCUGGAAAGAAUGGUAACCAUUCUCAGGUUAAAGGAGGGUCUGGAUGUAGUUCAAUACGUACGAAACGCGAGAACAAGAGGCUUCAUCGUGACUUAUUGAGAAUAGCCCCAAUGUAUAUUGGUGGUUCAGACUCUGCUGAGCUUACAACUCCAAGAGGUGUUCUUUUGCACGGGUAUCCUGGAACAGGGAAAACCUUAGUGGUCUGGUCAUUGAUAGGUGCAUGUGCUCGGGGAGAUAGACGGAUUACAUAUUUUUCCCGUAACGGUGCAGAUUGCUUGGGGAAAUAUGUGGGUGAUGAUGAGCGUCAACAAAGACUGUUAUUUCAGGUUGCUGAGAAAUGUCAACCUUCUAUAAUAUUCUUUGAUGAGAUUGAUGGACCAGCACCGUGCCGAACUCCACAACAAGACCAGACACAUAGUUAUGUCGUAUCAACACUGCUUGCUCUUAUGGAUGGUUUAAAAUCUAGGGGACCAGUUGUGGUCAUAGGUGCAACAAACCGUCUUGACGCUGUGGAUCCAACACUUAGGCGCCCUGGAAGAUUUGACCGGGAAAUUUACUUUCCGUUGCCAUCAACUGAAGACAGAGCUUCCACUCUUUCACUUCACACACAGAAGUGGCAGAAACCAAUUAGUGGAUCCUUGCUUGGGUGGAUUGCAAAGAAAACUUCUGGCUUUGCGGGUGCCGAUCUUCAGGCUCUUUGUACCCAAGCGGCUAUGAAUGCGCUGAAGAGGAAUUUCCCUUUGCAAAAGGUUCUAUCUGUAGCUGAAAAAAGAAAUUCUUCUGGUUGUAAGAACACUCCUCUUCCAUCAUUUACCGUGGAGGAGAGGGAUUGGGUAGAGGCUUUUUUCGUCUUCGCCAUUACCGUGUUCCCAGAGAGAAGCUGGUGA